UAUGUAAAAUAACAGACAGAUCUGGCACUGUAGUUCCUUUAUUUAAAUAUCUAAUUUCCACUGAAUCUACUUGCUCUGCUACUCUGCGAACCCUAGUUACUCUCUUAUAUUUCCCAUCAAAAUUUAGCAUUUCGGAUUUAAAUUCCAUGCAAUUUGCCCAAUUAUGUUAUAUAAUUACAAUGCUCUUUCAAAUUUCCAUUUCUAGCUUGUUCAAAUCUAUCAGAUUUUUUUAUUCAUUUCCUUGAAUCCAAUUCUUUCCUUUCCCUUACAUGGGCUCAGCACAGUCCGUUCAAGUGCCGGAAGACGAAGAAGAAGAAGAUGGGAGUGAAGAAGAAGACGAAGAAGAAGAAGUAGAUGAUGAUAAUGGGGUUGGAACUAUAAGAGAAAUUGAUGGCAGUAAUUUGGUCAAGAAGGUUCUCGAACAAGAACCUGAAAUGUUACCCUGUUAUGCAUCAGCAUCGCCGCUCUCUCCCCAGCUCUCUUCCCUUGGGACGCCGCGCCUUGGCCCAUCGAUUAAGGUGUGGGACCCUUACAAUGUCUUGGCCCCGCCUCCGCCGCUUCCUCCUCCUCCUCCAUUUUUCUCUCGGAGCUUGUCUUCAUCGUCCUCCUGUGGGAUUGUUGACGACGAUCGCGCCGUUAUGGAGGUGUUUUUGAUUAAUCAGGGGGAGUGCGACCUUAAUUUGAGGCCAGAUUUAGUAGGUGGGAGGUGCCAUGCGGCGGCUUUGACGCCUAAUGGGAAACGUCAGGCUAGGGCCUUAGCGGUGUUCUUGAACUCGCAAGGGGUGAGAUUCAAUGCUGUUUAUUCCUCACCCUUGGAUCGAGCAAGAUCAAUGGCGGUUUCUGUUUGUCAGGAAAUACAUUUUGCAGAGGAACAGAUUCAAUCAUCAGAUGCUCUUUUAGAGAUGAGUCUGGGGCAUUGGGAGGGGUGCCCUUGUUCAGAAAUUUAUACACCUGAAGUUUUGAGCUUGAUUGAAAGUUUUCAGCCUGAUUUUUGUGCCCCAUCUGGUGAAUCAUUAAGGCAAGUUGAAUUUAGGAUGGUUCAGUUCUUAAAUAGGACAAUUCUUGGACUGCCUGAAAAGUUGAGAUCAGAUUUCACAUUGAAUCACCAAAUCAAGAGCCAAGGGUUUUCUCAUGACCGAGAUCCAUCUGGUCCGCUGCCACAACAAUGGGAUAUGCUUCACAGGCAUCGACCAGGGCUCUCAAGGAAGAAGUCUGGUAGGAGCAGGCUGCAGUAUGUGACUGCCACUGGCAAUCAUGAAGGUGACAAUGAGAUCUCCCCCAGGGAAGCCAAUGAUCAAAGUGCAGUCCAUAAUCCAAGUGCUAGGAGCUCAACCUCCAUCUCCUCAUGUAUUGGCAUUUUCACUCAUUCAAUUCCUAUAAAGUGCCUCCUCACAGGCAUCCUGGGUUGCAGCCCAGUAAUGUUAAAUAAGAUCUGCAUAGAAGAUUCUUCAGUGACAGUAUUGCUGCACUCAUGGAGAACAGGUUGGCAGAUAAAACGCUUGAAUGAUACUGCACAUCUUAGGCUUCUCUAAUUGGAAGAUCAUGAAAUCCUCGCAUGGAGUUUACUGCUGGGAUGAUGAGCAGUUUAUGAUUAUUGGCUGAAAGCUGGUAUAUUUUUCAUUUAUGAAUCAUGUUGCAAUUCACGACUAAAUGUGAACUGAUGUUAAUUCCACAUCCUGUUUUAUUGUUUGACAUAUUUAUAUACACGUACAGACUUACCAGCUUGAAAGAAAAAGAGGGUCAGUUUGGGAGUUGGGUAUUUGUAUUGGGUGAUUCUUUUGAUCUGUAGCAUUCACAAGUGUUGUUAUUGUAGAGUGAAAAAUGAUGUUUUUCCCCUUUCAUGUAUUAGGGAGAAAAUUGUGAAAGUACUUUUUUACAGAUUUUAACCAUUA